UCCACCAAGUUCAAGGACAGACUACUCUGCGGACAAGAUGGCGCCUGGAAAGUUGCGUGAAAAGAAUUUAUAGCACGUCUGAAAGAUUAUUGGCGAUUUCUAGUCAGAUAAUUAAUAAUCAGUCCUAUAUGUCACAAGAUGCAGUCCAAUUCUGAUGCAAGCCAUAAGCGAAAAAAUCCGAAAAGUAGACGUGACACUGCGGUUCAAGGAACAAAUGACAGUAGUAUUAUCAGUAAAUACUCUAUGGUAACUCAGGGAUAUUUUGAAGAUCCAUAUUAUGAGUAUUUUGUGAACAAAUGUCAAAGAAGAGCACCAUUAAUUAAUAGGGGAUACUAUAUUAGAGUAAAAACUAUUGAUCAUAUUCUUAGGAAGUUUCUACUACAGCAUCAAGGGUCAAAACAGAUAAUAUCUAUCGGAGCUGGAUUUGAUACAUCUUUCUUCCGUCUGAAGUCAACCGGCCAACUAGAAAACACCAUUUUUGUGGAGAUUGAUUUUCCGGAAUUAGUAAAACGUAAGCAUGCUUUAAUAUCCAAUCAGCCGGCAUUACAUCAGUUAUUGGGAGAGAAGGAAGUAUGUACAGAAAAAUCACCAUUGUUAGAAAUAAAUACUGUAGAUUACAAAUUACUGGGAGUAGAUUUAACACAGUUAAAUAUUUUAGAUGCAGCAUUAAGAAUGGCUGGUGUAGAUUUUGAUUUACCAACCGUUAUUUUAUCUGAAUGUGUUUUAACAUACAUGACCCGUAGAUGUUCAACGUCUGUUGUUGGUUGGGGUUCUGAGACUUUUGGUAACAGUAUUUUUGUACUCUAUGAACAAAUUAAUCCACAUGAUGCUUUUGGUAUGUUUAUGCAGCAUCAUUUUCAUAUUGUUGGUUCGCCAUUAAAAUGUAUCAACUCUUAUCCUACAAUAGAAUCACAGAAACAGAGAUUUUUACAUCAGGGCUGGAAUUGGUGUGAGGCAUAUGACAUGAAUCAGUUUUACUGUAAUUUAAUUGAUCAGUCAGAAAGAGACAGGGUUGAAAAACUUGAACCAUUUGAUGAACAUGAAGAAUGGCAUGUAAAAUGUAACCACUAUAUGGUUUUAUUGGCUUAUUCAUCCCCUAGUAUUAGCAGCUUAAUGUGUGACGACUCAAAAUUGUUAGAUUUUAAAUACCCAACAAUAAACAGAAAUCCUCCAGUCCCAAACAAAGUAAAUAUUGAAUUCCUUGACAAUGAGGACAUUCCUGUUGUUAAACGAUUUAGCCACAUUACUGGUAACCUUGGUAACAGAUUUAUUGUGAUUUUUGGAGGAUUUGGUGAACAAGAUGGCCGACAUCAACGUCUUACUGAAAUUGGAGUAUACAAUCCAUUAAACCACAAAAUGUGUUCAACACAGCUUAAGAUACCUGAUUUUGAUUUUCCCAGAAUGCACUUGUCAGCAGCGUCAUUAAAAGAUGGUAGAGUGAUGAUUAUUGGUGGCAGAAAUUCACCAUUUAAAGUUUCCAAAGGCAUCAUUGUUAUCUCUUUAAAAUCCACAGAGACCGAUAAAAUGACAAAUGAGUUUUCUAAAUGUGAUAUCGAUAUGAAAAACAGUCAAUCUUCAAAUAUUUCUCUUGACCAAAGCCGAAUCUGUGAUAGUGAAACAAGAGAUUCAACUGUAAAUGCUCAUGAAAAUGAAGAGUCAGAAUCGAACUUGCCUAGUGAUAAAUUUAAUGAAUCAGUUAAUAAUAUUCAACAAAAUCCAUGUCAAGGAGUUUCAAACAGUGUUAGUGCAUCUUGUGAAAAUACAAAUACAAACAUUUCCACAGAUUUAAAUAGUGCGAAUGAAAUAGUCCCAGAAUUUAGCCAAAUUACACAAGACUCAUGGACAGAAGAAACUGAAUUUUGUGAUUUUCAAUUGACUUUAUUAAAAGAAUGUGGUGAUAUUCCGGAACCUAGAUGGAGACAUGCAGUCUGUAAUGUUAUUUAUCAAGGUGUAGAACAUGUUAUAGUGUAUGGUGGUAGAACUAUGGCUGAUCUAACUUUAAACGAUUGUAAUAUAUUAAAUACUGUGACAGGAGAAUGGAAACAGUUAAAUGGUAGUGGUGAUGAUCCAGGUCCACGUCAAUCUCAUACACUGUGUCUGUGGAAUAAUGAGAUUGUAUUGUAUGGUGGAUUAAAUGAUCAACUGUUACCUAGUAGUGAUAUUUAUAUAUUAAAUCUAGACUUAUUAUUAUGGAGAAAACUUGAGGUACACGGCACACUGUAUCCUAGGUAUUCUCAUUCUUGUCAUAUUGUAAAAAAUCAAAUGAUAGUGAUUGGUGGAGUUAAUCUUACCCAUGAUACACCUGGUGUAGCAGUAGUCAGUCUUAUUAAUGGAGAAAGUGAGGAGUACAGUCUUCCUAGUAUGGAUAAGAAUAACUUGAUAUUAUUUCAUCAACAUUCAAGUGUGAUGUUGGAAGAGGAUAAGAAAAUUCUGGUGAUUGGAGGAGGGGGAAAUUGUUUUUCAUUUGGUACACAUCUCAACAAAACACCGUUUCUACUGGAUGUAAAACAGUGUCUGGUGUAGAGACAAUGUAGUAAAAAAAAAAAAAGUGCAGUACAUAAAAGUUCGUGUUUAUGAAAUGCUUUUAGGAAAUUGAUGAUAUUUUAAAGGGACAAUGAGCCAUUGAUUUUUAAAAUAUGUGCAAUUUUACCGUAAAUUGAGUUAAUCUAGUCUUAUUAAUCACAUCUGAGUAGGAAUAACACAACCUGAAAUAUACACAUUUUUUCAGGUCUAUUCCAUGAAAUGCAAACGCUAUUUUUUAUAGAGCCCCUUCCCAACCAAAUAUGUUGAUUUGUUAACUUUUCUAAUAAUCCUGGGGGGUUGUAUGGCCGAAUGGUUUGCGCAUACAUGUUGUAUCAUAAGGUCUGUCAUUGAGUCAGCUAGCGUGGUUUGAAUUCCCAGGUUGUAUGUGACAAAAAGUAGGGUCACCUGUCCAAUCUCGUGGGUUUUCUCUGGGCCCUCCGGUUGCCUCCCACUGCUAAAGACCCCUAUGCCUAAGUGAAUUAUUGAAAUAGAAUUGAACCAUAUGUUAGUCCCGAAACGAACUUGUUUGUGUCUGUCCACAAUUUUUUGGUGCACUCUACAGGUUACAAUUUUUAUCCAAUUUUGACGAAACUUGAAAUAGGUUUAUCUCCAAAGAUCUCGGUUCGUUUGGAUAUUGGCAUGUAUCGCUCUGUCACUUCAUGGAUUAUGGCCCCUGAUUGUACGA